AUGCAGAAAUGCAUGCUUGAUAUAUUAGCUACAGUUGCUUAUGUUUAUGAUGGUUACAAUUCGUACGGUGUAAUAGAACAUAUCAAAAUCAAUUUAUGGGAAAGACGCAACGCUUGUCCACAAUUCUUGAUGAGGAGGUGUGAUCUGAGACAGUCUCACAACAGCAGGGUUUCUGGAGGAAUGUCAUCCUCUUUACCUAUUCUGCCAAAUUCUCUGAAAGAAACCUUCCAUGGGCCUUACAAUCCGCAGCUCACUCCGAUGCAAAGGCAACUGACGAGUGAUCUUGUGCCCUUACAUCAGAGUGCACUUCCGUCUGCUACUUUGCACCCAAGAGCUGGGGCUAUGAGAUCAUCAUAUGCAGCCUCAUUAGGAUACUCACCUAAUCCUCUUGAUUCUGCGCUUAACCAUGAGAGGCAGUCUAUGGUUGCUCCUUUUGCUCCUCAGCCAUCAAAUAUUGAAGUAUUUCAGACCUUAUCUAAUAAUAUCCCUGGAGGACACACUGAGGCAACUUGGUUCCCAGGUUCGGCUGAUGGUUUAUCAGAUUACAGGGAUAACAUCCCUGCUUCUGGUAGUCAGAUCCAGAAUGGCGGUCCUGCUGUGACAUCUGAUGUGGUUGCUAAACAAAAUGAAUGGUGGGCAGAGAUAAUGAAUGAUGAUUGGAGAGAUAUUCUAGAUGCAACGGCUGCUGAUCCCCAGUCAAAGUCCAUGGUUCAGCCUUCCAAUUCGGCUGCAUCACAGCCUGCUGUCAACCAGCCAGCUUCAUCUCAUGGUGGAGAGAUUUGCAAUGUAGCUAGUCCUCCCAAUAGCAACUCUGCAGCCAAACAACGGAUGAGGUGGACUCCAGAACUCCAUGAAUGCUUCGUAGACUCUGUAAAUAAGCUUGGUGGUAGUGAAAAAGCUACUCCCAAGGGUGUGCUGAAGCUUAUGAAAGUUGACGGUUUGACAAUAUAUCAUGUGAAAAGCCAUCUGCAGAAGUACCGAACAGCUCGCUAUAAGCCAGACCUAACGGAAGGUACAGCAGAAAAAAGGACUACCACCGAAGAGUUGACUCUAGACCUGAAAUCGAGCAUGGAUCUUACUGAAGCGCUGCGUCUUCAGAUGGAAGUUCAGAAACGUCUUCAUGAACAACUUGAGACCCAGAGAAAGUUGCAAUUGCGAAUUGAAGAACAAGGGAAGUAUCUUCAGAUGAUGUUUGAAAAGCAGUCUAAAUCCAAUACGGAGAAGGUGCAGGAUCUAUCCUCGGGAGCUACAACAACCCUAUCAUCUGAACCAAGCCAUCCUGCAACCAGAAAUAGGGGUGAUGAUGCAGCUGAUGACCUAAAUAGAACAGGAGAGAACCCCGUGAGUGCCGAAAUAGGAGAAACUUUGAUGCAUGCAGGUGGCAACCAGGAGAUGGCAGAAAGCGAGUCUUCUGAGCCCCUUGCAAAUACUAAUGAUGGUUCCAAGGCCCCGCAAGAGAAGCGCCGAAGGGUGCAUGAUAGUUAA